AAACACCCUUAUUAUUAGAUGGGAAUAGUGAAAAUGGAAAGAAAAGUAGUAAGAAAAGCCUUUUAAAGAAUUGGCCCCUUAUGUCUACAAUCAUUGCUUACUGUGUUUUCUGCCUUCAUGACAUGGCAUAUUCCGAGAUUUUCUCAUUAUGGGCAGUGAGUCCCAAAAAAUUUGGGGGUUUGAGUUAUUCAACCGAACAAAUUGGUGAAGUUCUUGCAAUUUCAGACAUUUUUAUACCCGUACCUGGCAAAGCUUAUGGGAACGAUAUUGGUUUCUCGCGUUGCAGGGAUUUUAUCAAUUCCUCUGUUGGCCAGUUAUCCCUUUCUAAUAGCAUUCUCAGGGGUCACUCUUUGGAUACUCUUAAAUGUGUCAUCACUGUUGAAGAAUGCUCUAUCUGUAAGUACCACACUAGGCCUACCUUAUUACAACUUUAA